UUUAUAUUAUGAUCUGGCUUGGAAAAGAACAGGUAAUAUGGAGUAUAACAUGGAGAACGGUGAUCCCAAAGUUUACGCAUUUCAAAAUAUGUUGACAGCUAUUUAAUAAGGGAAUUAUCGGCGGACUGACAGUUGUGGUGAUCCUGGAUUUGUAUAUAAAUCUAAAUGAUGACAUCUGACAUGUCAUCUGGUGACAAAGUUAAAGUUGGAGGCACAUUACUUGACGUUGAGGACGUUGAAAAAGAGCGCCCAUCUAUAGUGUCGCAUGAUUUAAUUACAAUUAAUGUUGGGGGAGUUAAACAUGAAGUUCAUAGCUCAACUUUACAACGAUUCCCAGGAACUAGACUGGCAAAUCUGACCAACGACAUUGCGCGUAAAGGAAGUGACUUCAUAGCUUCAAGGGGUGAAUUUUAUUUUGAUCGACAUCCGGGUAUCUUUACGACAAUCCUCAAUUAUUACAGGACUGGGGAGCUACAUAUGGACAGAAACACAUGCGGGUGUGCACUGGC